AUGGCGAGCACACAAGAACUCCGAGAACAGCCCUCCUUCCGCCGAGAUUCCCCCUCGCCGUCUCCCUCACCAACACCAGCCAUCGGAGCCUGUCCCGAGCUUUCUCGCUCCGUGUCGACCGCCUCCACAGGUUCAAUAUUCUCAGGGGCGGAUAAUAGCAGUAGCAGUAUGGGACGUGAAUCGAUGGCCAGCUCUACCGGCAGCUCGACAUCACGGUCUUCAUCUGCAAGUUACACAAAGCGGCAAUCAAUCGGGGGUCUGGAUACGUUAUCACGUCGAGGUUAUGUCCGGCCUCAAGGCACAAACUUCGCCGCUUCUGCACAGUCAAGGGAAAGCGUACUCAGCCUAGGAAGCAUUGCACAUCUCCAGUACUACUUUGCGCGAACAGGCCUACUCGAUGGGAAGGGUGGACGGUUAAUGAAGAAAAAAGAUAAGGAUGACCGUGGCACACUGGAUCUGUCGGCUCUGGAUACAUCGUUUCUGUCACCAAGGGUAGUAGGGUCAGAUGUGGAUUCAUCUUACGCAUCUAUGGGCAGUAGUCCUGAGCUUCUCGCCCAGGGACAUGGAGGCAUGAUGGUGGAAAGCCCAACACAAGAUGACGAUGAAUACUUCAGCGGUGAAGACGAGAAUCAUCCGCAUAUGCUCCCCCCAACCGUCAGCACCUACAAUCACCGCGAGAAACCUAUUGCCCACCCGCCUACACUCAGAGAACUUAAGGAUGACCUUCGAAAGGCACUAGGGGAUGCUGCCAAAGUUCUCGAGGAUGACAAAAAGAAGCAAGCAUCACCACCAGCUUCUCCACAGACAGAAGCAUCUGGGGAGACAAAAAUGACCCAAGGAAACAACCACGGGUGGCAUGAGAUCCAGGGAAUGCAUAUCCUCGAUAUUAUGACUCUCGCCAUUCGCGCCGCGAAGAUGUAUUACACUGCCCACAAUCAACCAGCACGGCUGUCAUCUAUAAAAUCAGAGCGAAAAAUCCGGUCAGAACUUCUCUCUGUUAUGGAAGUUUUAAAGCGGAUGGCUACCAGGAAUUUUGCAUUUGGAAUGCGGAAGGAAGAACGACAAACCAUGGAGGACUGGGUUGUAGACGUCUACGAACUGCUGAAGCAGGAAGAAGCUAUGGAGGAGAGCGAGAAGAAACAACGAGCUAGCUGGACCUGGCUGGAGGAUAAUUGGGAUGCCGGGGAUGUAAAACGGGAAUAUGCAUUUAUGAAGUCGAUGGAUCCCGAUUCAGACUCUCUCCCGGAGUAUACACCAGUGGAUGAGGUUCAGAUGGAUGAGGAGUUGCCUACGAAAUUCCUGGGCGAUUUGAGGACAGGCUUAAGAUUAGUCAAAUUGCAUAACGCGCUGGUGAGGACGAGCAAGCGACCUUUUGGGGCGAUUGAAAAGUGGCAUACGGAUUUUGGAAAACCCUAUCGAAGUGCAGAGAAUUUGCGAUAUUGGCUCAAAGCUGCGGAAUUGAGAUGGGAAGUGGUAUUAAAAGUGGACGUCAUGGGCGUCGUCAAUGGAUCCGACCGGAAGGCUUGGAAAGACUUCGAAGCUGCGAUCUGGAAGUGGUGUGGAAAGGUUAGGGAGGAAAUCACCGCGGAGUUGAGGGAUUGA